GAGCGGCGUCACCACAGUCAACAGAAGCGAUGUAAUUUCUGCGCAGGUCAAAGCUUUUUGCAAGAAAAAAACAAAAAAAAAAAACAAAAAGAAAAAACAAAAUCAGCAGAACAACGUUAGCCUCCGUGCCCUUAGCUCGGCCGCGCGUGUAGAAGCCAGCCUCCACCCCUCUGUCAUUUUAUUUUUAUGUUUUUCAGCGUCACAUCCCCCGGGCCGGAGGAAUGUAGAGACGGAGUGCUUUAAAAAUAGCAUCCUCUCCUCUGACAGCGCUGCUCCGGUGGCUCCGCAGCACUGUGGUGCGAGAAGCAGGAAUGCGAAGAUGGCUGCAGACCUCGGAGAGCUGCUGGUCCCGUACAUGCCCACCAUCAGAGUCCCCAGGACAGGAGACAGGGUUUUCAAGAGCGAGUGUGCCUUUUCCUUCGACUCUCCCGAGUCUGAGGGAGGCCUUUACGUGUGUAUGAACACAUUCCUGGGCUUUGGACGAGAACAUGUGGAGAGACAUUAUCGCAAAACAGGACAGAGUGUUUACAUGCACCUUAAGCGACAUGUCAAAGAGAAAGCCACAGGAGCUGCAGGAGGUGCAAUCCCCAGACGAAGGAACGGAAAAGUGUUUCUAGAUUUAGAGCUAAACCGCGAUUUUAACGGAGAGGACUAUGAAUACGAGGACGAGGCCAAGCUCGUCAUUUUUCCAGACCACUUCGAGAUCCCCUUACCAAAUAUUGAGGAGCUGCCCGCUCUGGUCACCAUCGCAUGUGACGCAGUUCUCAAUGCACCAUCAGCUUACAAGAAGCAAGAGCCUGAGUCCUGGGAGGAGGAGAUCCAGGUGUCCAGACAUGCCAGGAGCCUCAGACAGCUGGAUAACGGGGUCAGAAUCCCACCCAGUGGCUGGAAGUGUCAGAAGUGCGAGAUGAGAGAGAACCUGUGGUUGAACCUGACGGAUGGAGCGGUGCUCUGUGGGAAGUGGUUCUUCGAUGGGAGCGGAGGCAACGGCCACGCGCUGGAGCACUACAGAGAGACCAACUACCCCCUGGCUGUCAAACUGGACACCAUCACCCCAGAUGGAGCAGAUAUCUAUUCAUUUGAAGAGGAAGAAGCUGUGCUGGACCCCCACAUAUCAGAACACUUGUCACACUUUAGAAUAGACAUGCUACAGAUGCAGAAAAGAACAGAGAAUGGGCACCACACAGACAAUAACGCACGGCCGCGGGUCAGUGAAUGGGAGGUGAUCCAGGAGUCUGGCAUGAAGCUCAAGGCGGUGUAUGGUUCUGGUUACACAGGCGUCAAAAACCUGGGCAACAGCUGCUACCUUGGCACAGUAAUGCAGGUCCUCUUCAGCAUCCCAGACUUCCAGAGGAUGUAUGUGGGUAAUCUUCAGAGGAUAUAUGACUAUUCACCCCUUGACCCCACCCAGGACUUUGCAACACAAAUGGCUAAACUGGGACAUGGACUGCUCUCAGGCCAGUACUCCAAACCACCCAUGAAAUCUGAGCUCAUUGAACAGGUGAUGAAAGAAGAAUACAAGGUAUUAAACUGGCACCAGCAGAAGGGCGUCUCCCCGCGGAUGUUGAAGGCCCUGGUCAGCAGGGGACACCCAGAGUUUUCCUCAAACAGACAACAAGAUGCCCACGAGUUCCUCCUGCACCUCAUCAACCUAGUGGAGAGGAACAGCGCAGGCUCAGAGAAUCCAAGCGACGUCUUCCGCUUCCUGGUGGAGGAGCGAAUUCAGUGCUGCCAGACCCGUCGGGUGCGAUACACUCAGCGGGUGGACUACUGCAUCCAGCUGCCAGCCCCCAUCGAGGCUGCCACCAAUCGAGAGGAGCUGCUGGCAUAUGAGACCAAGCGGAAGGAUGCUGAGGAGAACAUGAGGGCUCCUCCUGAACCAGUGAGAGCACGGAUCCCCUUCACCGCCUGCCUGCAGGCCUUCACAGAGCCAGAGAACGUCCCAGACUUCUGGAGCUCAGCACUGCAGGCCAAGUCAGCCGGAGUCAAAACUUCCCGUUUUGCCUCCUUCCCAGAGUAUCUGGUUGUGCAGAUCAAGAAAUUCACAUUUGGGGUUGACUGGGUGCCGAAGAAACUAGACUUGGCCAUAGAUGUUCCAGACUUCCUGGAUCUGAGCCGGCUGCGGGCCACUGGGCUGCAGGCGGGUGAAGAGGAGCUGCCCGAUCUCAUGCCCCCAAUCGUGCUACCUGAAGACACCAGAGAUAACUCAAUGAGCUCCACAGACUCUCCAGAAAUAGACGAGGCGGCAGUAAUGCAGCUGGCAGAGAUGGGCUUCCCGCUGGAGGCCUGUAGGAAGGCUGUCUACUACACAGGCAACAUGGGCCCCGAGAUGGCCUUUAACUGGAUCAUAGCCCACAUGGAGGAGCCUGACUUUGCAGAACCUCUCACUCUGCCCUCCAUGAUGGAUCCUGGCCCCUCCACCAGUGACAGCCCCAUGAUGGGUGCCAGCCCGCUGGGCAGCUCGCCCCCUGAGGAGAGCAUCGCCAUCCUCACUUCUAUGGGCUUCCCCCGCACUCACAGCAUCCAGGCACUCAAAGCCACGAACAAUAACCUCGAACGAGCACUCGACUGGAUCUUCACCCACCCGGAGGAGGAGGAGAGUGACGCCCUUUCAGACAUGGCUGACACAGAGCCCAACGACAACGCUUUCUCCAACGCCAACUCACACAGCGACUCCACGCUGUCUCCAGACAGAGACACGUCAGGCCCGCGAGUGAAAGACGGACCGGGACGUUAUGAGCUCUUUGCCUUCAUCAGCCACAUGGGAGCAUCCACAAUGUCUGGACAUUAUGUUUGUCACAUCAAAAAGGAGGGAAGGUGGGUGAUCUACAACGACCACAAAGUGUGUUUGUCAGAAAGGCCUCCAAAAGACUUGGGCUACAUCUACUUUUACCAUCGACUGUCAAGCAGUUAAACUGAAGUUACCGUCCCCUCCACCCUGCAACCUAUAGAGAACCGCAGUCUUUCACUCAGAAGACUGGCAGACACCUGUGAUAACAGCCACAGUGGAAAUGAUGGAAAUAACCUCUCAGACCAGCUGCUCGCCUUACUGUCAUGUCAUUCAGGAGCAACCAGGAACACUGGUCAGAAAGAGAAAGGGAAAGCAAUGUGCUUUUUGUGCAUUUGUGUUACGUUACGCUUUAAAUGUAUAUUUCAGUGUUUAUGUUAAAAAAAAAGAGAGAGACAAUUUCUUGACAGUGUAGGUACAGAGGGAUGUGUGCAAUUUCCACUUCUGGACUGCUCCGGACACAAAAUAAUGUCACAUAUCAAAUCUCAUUGUUCCUCUUCUAUGCCUUCAGCUACAGUGCCAAUAUUUUCAAAGUGGUACAUUUUAUAAAUGUAUUUUGAACUGGCAGUGCUUCACUGCCAGCCCUGAAAUGAUCUGAAACUGCAACAACAGACAGGAAAUUAUUGUGCUGCUGUAUGCGAGUUUCAGCAUGAAGGGGAGCACCAAGAAGGCCAUGAAUAGGUGUUAAAUGGGACUAUUUGAAUAUACAGUAUUACUGGCUGAAUAAUGGCUCAGACCUGCCCCUGUUCGUCACUUCUAAUGAGAAACUUUCUGCACCCUGGUACACUGACCAAGUUAUCAAGACACAAGUAUUAUUUCCUUCCCUGGAUGCACUUUUUUGAAUAAAACAACUUCAUAUUUUGCACCUGACAAAGUAGAAGUGGACUUUUUAUAGGACAGAUACAUGCAAUUGAAUGUGAUAUCUUAAAUUUUUACAUCGGUACUGCUGAACCUGUUAAUCCAUGAAGUGGCCAUAAAUCUAUGUCAAGAUUGCAUAUAAUUUAUGCCUAAUUAAAGCACCGCUGUGCUUAUUUUAAGAUGGCUGUCAAAUCAUCAGUGCACAUGUAAGUUAUAUAGGAGUCCUCAAUACUGCAGUGAACCUGUUUUAAUAUUUUUGCCCAAAUUGCAAAAUAUUUGCAUAUUAGGCUAAACAAAACUUGAACUCUCAGCUGCAGCUGGUCCACUUUUGGACAGAUUCAGACAAUGACCCAAAAGUUGAAAUGAAUGUUUUCUUUGACCUGUUCCCACGUUUUACAGGUCAGUUAAUUCAUUUGUGCACCUGAACAUUUUUUCAUGUCUAAAGCAAUAUGCACUACAACCAAACCUACACUUGAACAUACUGUAUGAUAAAAAGCUGUACAGUGACUUGUAUCUCCUCUAAAAUGUGCAUUCUUGUACUAACAGACACGGUGCAGAGCUGAAUGUAUUACUUCAUGGUGCUCACUGCAACCAAAGCCUCUGCUUCAACUUUAAUACUCCGAAACCACAGUGAAAGUAAAACUGUCCCGUUGCUGUUUAGUCCCCAUAAUCUCAUGCUGGAUUAUGAAACGGCUCUGUACUCCCCUCAUUUAUCUACUCAGUAUCUUCAUAAUCUGCUUGUUUGUCAGACAUCCAUGAAUUUACAGCCUCUGACUGUCAACAUCUCAAUAUUUGUAGUCAUAUCCUCUUUGUCUUUACUUGUAUGCUACAUGGAACUAGACUUGAAUCUAGUUUUGUUUGCUCCAUCUCAAAAAGUGAGUGUAAUAUUACAAAGUACUGUUAUUUUUGUCAGUGGCAUGGACACUUAAUUCCAGUUUGAUGAUCUUGGCAUGUUGUGAAACUGUCUUUCACUCAGCAAUGCACGUUAGGUGCAAAUUUUAAAGGGGAGUUCUGCUGAAAGUUGACUGUCAGUGUUAUUCUGCCUUCAUAAAGUUUCCAAUUUUAGCUGAUUUUGUAGUCAUUACUGGUGAUAUUCAAGGAAAGGACAAUCCUUUGA